AUGCUGCUGAAGAAAUACGGAUUGGAAGCUCAGGUGGCCAAGAACGGCGAGAAGGAGAUGGUGCUCAACUGCUUCGACCUCCUGCUCAUGGAGAAGGAAAUGCCUGUCAAGGAUGGCGUCAAUGCAACUUGGGAGUUGCGGGAAAUGGGCUUGAAAAGCAUGAUAGUUGGCGUAACUUCACACGGGCCAGGUGAGGUGAGGGAUGAGUUUAUGGUGGCGGGGCUAGAUGAGUGCCUGAUGAAGCCGCUGGGUUCAGAUGUUGUUUUGCGCCUGAUUAACCAACUGGUUGCCUAA